GCCUACAUACCGCCCGGCCGCUUGCGGCAGUAUGAUCUCAUCGUCAUCGAUGAAGUGAGCCAAAUUGAAGCCGCGGUCUGGCGCAAAUUGCGCACGGCCCUAGGCGAGCUGACGCCGUCUCCCUUCGUCGUCUUUGUCGGGGAUUUUCAGCAACUGCAGCCUCUCAGUGGAGGUCCUGAGUUGGAAACUGCACUGCAGAAGCAAAGAGAAGCUGAGAGCAUCUUCUACGUAGAGCUGAAACAUCAUCAAGCAGCCCGCACCAUAGAUGCAGAAAUGCUGAGCUUCCUAAAUGCGGCACGGGUUCGGCAGCCGACCAGAGAGGAACUUCAAGCCUUCUUCAGCGGUCGGGUCUGGCCGUCGGAUGUUGCGGCCGCCGCGAGGUCUGCGAAAGCCAUGGAGUCUAUUGAUGGGAAAAACUUCACCUUCCUGACUGUCACCAACAAAGGCGCUGCCCUCUUGAAUCUGGCUCGGCUGCAGCUGGACUUUCCCCAAGCUGCCGCAAUUCUAGCAACUGGUGGAGGCACGCCCACCGAGAAUGAUAAGAUCGCGGUGGCCCCAGGAAUGAGAAUCCGAUUGACUCACAACGUGGACAAAGACAGGGGGUUCGUGAACGGCAAUGCCGGAAUAGUCAGAAAGGUGUUGCGCAGCGAUAUCUUCGUGCUGCAGUCUGACCAAGGAAUCCCGAUCCUCAUCCACCCCAUCAGCUCGCAAGGCAAGAAAUUCUUGCCGGUGGCCUACGGCUGGGCCACCACCAUCCGACGGGCGCAGGGUGGUUCAGACGAGCAGAACGAAGUUUCCGGCUUGAGCGAAAGCACUCACAGCAGUGAGCCCGAUGAGCCGGACACCAGCAGCGACGAAGAGUCGCCACAGCCCGAGAGCACUUCAUCCAGCCUUGUGCCAACAUCGCCCACAGGCAGCCAGACCAGCGGCGGCUUCCCUUCCUCCGGCUCCUGA